AUGGAAGCUAAAUCAAGCAGAUUACAGCACCACACUCGUCUUCCAUCAGUAAGUCGCAGAAAAAACUCUCCAAGCCGAAAAUGCACAGCCAAAGAUUUGCAUCUUCCAGCACUAACUCCUCCUUCCUCUUAGUUAUCAACAAGCAUUUUUGUUACUGGCUUAGGCUAUUUUUUUAAACCUGUUUGGAUUUUAAAAAAGCAAAAUUUGCUUAUAUUUAAAAAAACUCAUUUAUUUACUUUUAGAGUAUAAGCUUUUUAAAAUUUAAUUGAUUAGCUAGAAGAAACUAUAUAUUAAAAUUGUUUGUACGGAAUAUUAUAUAAUUAGUUGCUUAAAUUUCUGAUCGGCUCCCACGAGCCAAAGAUGGAUUUCACGUGUGAAAAUCCAGAAAUUCCACGUGGAAACCCAUUUUUGGCUCGUGGGAGCCGAUCAGAAAUAACGCCAAAAGGUCAUAUAAAUUUUUUGUCCUCAUUUGGGUUUAUUUUUUCAAAGAUUAUGUUUUCUCAAUGAUUUUGCUAGCUAGCCAAGUGAUAGGGUUAAGCACAAAAAGAAGUGCAUCGCCUUAUGCGAGCACAUUACUUCAAGUGCCAAGAUCUAGACCUCAAACUAAGAAUCCCAAUCAGGGGCAUCAAAGAUUGCUUAAUUCAAAGUUUUUUACAAAGCUUAUAAAAAUUAGUGGAGCGUCAGCAUCAACGGCUGAUACUGGGGUUGAUGACUCAGAAAAUCCUAUAAUAGAGCCAGAUAGCCCAAAAAUAUCAGAUUUAAAUCCUUCAAACAAUAUAAAAGCUGCUAUACAUAAAAUAGACCCUGGAUUCCAGCACUAUCUUGAUUCGGACAUGACUUCUGAAUUAAAGUGCGAUCCAAGGGCACUGUUUAGAGAGUCUAUUGAGAUUAAAAGAGGAAGAAUCAUUCAAUUAGAAUACAACGAUGUUGUAAUUGAGGAUUCUCAUUUAUUGCCUCUAGAUUCCGAAAGUCCAAAGUUCUCACGAAGAGGAGGUGUUAGCUCCCCUUUUGAUUUGGAUGAGACCCGAAAUAAUUCUAGGUGGAAUUCACCAAUUCCUCCUAGGCCUGAAACUCGAAAUACAUAUAUGAAGCCUCCAAAUUACUGCAGGCAUUUUCGAUCUAAUUCUAACUUUAUAUCAUAA